CACGGGUUUCCGGCGGUUGUUGUUGUGAAGGCGGGCGGGCGGACAGGCCGCGGGCUGCAGUUCGUCAUCACUGUUGGUUGUAGAGAAGCACAGCCCACCCCGCGCCGCGUGAGCCGCGCUGAGAGGACGGGCCGGCGGGGGGGAGAGAGACAGACAGACAAGAGAUGGAGUUCGCGGAGCUGAUCAAGACGCCGCGGGUGGACGGCGCGGUGCUGCACAGGCCCUUCCUGCCGCGGGUGGAGGGGACGCUGUGUCUGACCGGCCACCACCUGAUCCUGUCCUCGCGCCAGGACAGCAGCGAGGAGCUGUGGCUGCUCCACUCCGACAUCGACAGCAUCGACAAGAGGUUUGCCGGGCCACUGGGAACAAUAACUAUAAAAUGUAAAGAUUUGCGUAUUAUCCAGCUUGACAUUCCUGGCAUGGAAGAAUGUUUGAACAUCGCCAGUUCUAUUGAAGCUUUAUCUACUCUGGAUUCCACCACACUGAUGUAUCCUUUCUUUUAUCGUCCAAUGUUUGAAGUCUUAGAAGACGGGUGGCACUCCUUCCUUCCAGAACAUGAGUUUACUCUGCUUUCAGAACUAACCGAUGAAUGGAGACUGAGUUAUGUGAACAAGGAUUUCACAAUCUGUCCAUCGUAUCCUCCCAUUUUUACUGUGCCAAAAUCGAUUGAUGAUGAGACACUGAAAAAAGUUGCUACAUUCCGUCAAGGUGGGCGUUUUCCUGUCCUCAGCUACUACCACAAGAAGAAUGGAAUGGUCAUGAUGCGUAGUGGACAGCCGUUGACUGGAACCAUUGGGAGACGGUGUAAGGAGGAUGAGAAAUUGAUUAAUGCCACCCUGCGGGCAGGGAAACGUGGCUACAUCAUUGACACCAGAUCAGUUAAUGUUGCUCAGCAAGCCAGAGCCAAAGGAGGUGGCUUUGAGCAGGAACCCCAUUACCCUCAGUGGAGACGUAUCCACAAGUCCAUAGAAAGGUACAACAUUCUUCAAGAGAGUUUGAUUAAACUGGUUGAAGCUUCCAAUGACCAAUCUCACAACAUGGAUCGAUGGCUCAGCAAACUAGAAGCCUCCAACUGGCUCACACACAUCAAAGAAAUAUUAACCACUGCUUGCCUGGCAGCUCAGUGCAUCGACAGGGAGGGAGCAUCAGUGCUGGUUCACGGCAGCGAAGGGAUUGACACCACGUUGCAAGUUACUUCUAUUGCCCAUAUUAUCCUGGAUCCACAGUCUAGAACAAUCCGUGGGUUUGAGGCCUUGAUUGAACGAGAAUGGUUGCAGGCUGGUCACCCUUUCCAACUGCGCUGUUCUCAGUCAGCCUAUUCCAAUUCUAAGCAGAAGAAUGAGGCACCUGUAUUUCUCCUCUUCCUAGACUGCUGCUGGCAGAUUCAGCGCCAGUUCCCAUGUUCUUUCCAAUUUAAUGAACAGUUCCUGAUCAUGUUAUUCGAGCAUGCCUAUGCCUCCCAGUUUGGAACCUUCUUGGGCAACAAUGAAAAUGAAAGGCGGAAGUUGAAGCUUCAGCAGAAGACUGUCUCUCUGUGGUCAUGGGUGAACAGACCAAAUGUGUUGGAGAAGUUUCUGAAUCCUCUCUAUGAAGCCAAUAGUCUGGUUAUCUGGCCUUCAGUGGCACCACAAAGCUUGCAGCUCUGGGAAGGUGUGUUCCUCCGGUGGAAUCGCACUUCAAAAUACUUGGAUGAAGCUUGGGAUGAAGUUAUUCACAUCAUUGAAUACAACAAGGAGCUACAGACAAAAGUGAAUGCCCUUCGAAGACAGUUGGCAGAGCUGCAAACAGAGGAUGGAGAGCUGGAGAGUCCUUGAAGGAACCUUGUUUAAAAAAAAAACGACAACUUUUCAGUACUUUUCAAUUACUAUACUGAAAAAUAGCAAUCGGUAACACUUGAUGUGUGAAAGUCUUAUUCCCAUAUAAACUGGUACACAGUUGCACUACAGUGCGAUACAAUUGCAUUAAUUUAAAAAUGUUAUACAAGGUUAUAAGUCUGAGGAUAGUAUGCAUUUGUACAAGAAAAACUAAAGACUGUAACUCAACCCUCCACCUUAGAGGAACACUGUGCUUUCACCAUCGGUACAUUUCCAUUUCAACUCUACACUUAUAGCUAGCCCACCCAAAAGUUGUUGCACCAAAGGCAGAUUUGUGUUGUGGGCUGAUAUCCACUAGGAAUUUGACAAUUGACUUUCAUGUUUUACUGUUACUAUUUUAUAGAUGACACUAGAACACCAUUUAAGCAACACAAAAACUUUGUCACAUAGACAGUGCAUUUUUUGAAUUCUUUCAUUCUAAACGCAUCAUUACAAAAUCGGAGAUGUGGAGAAAAAGAAACCUUAGUCUGCCCUCAAUGCGUGGUCUAAGAUUUGAAGUGAACCUGUGGAAAUAGGCACUGGUGCUGUAGAGGAAAAUCAUGUUAAUAUACAGCUAGAUUUAUUUAUUUGUGAUUUGAUCAAAAAAUACCUUAUGUAAAAAGCAUGAUCAUGCCAAGUAAUUUAUCUCAUGAUUGCAACCAUGCUUCUGUCCAGGUUUGCCUUUGGAAGUCUAGGGUAAGAUGGUAAGGAGAGUGAAAAUGUCGAUGUGCUGUUGCAAUGACAUUUUCCCAUUAUAGCUACGCAUUGUCAUGUUGCUUCAUUUCCAAGCAAGGACAAAAUUGUCGUCUUGGCUAAAUUCUGAAAAAUAACAUUUAAGUUGGUUAUUGAAUCAUUAGAGGCAUCAGUUUUUUACUAAAUAGAAACGGUUUUGCUUUGACAUAUGAAUACUACAAGACUUUCAUAUAUGUUCAUAAACACAAAUCAAAUUGUUCACCUUGGUUAGGUAACAACUACAUUUAUGUGGUUAUAAGCAUUCAUUAUGUUAGUUGCGCUAACAACAUGAAGGAGUGUUUGUUUAUUAAGCUUCAACUAAGUUAUGCUUUAAUUAAAACUUUUUCAGCCCAACAAAUCUGCAGGAUUCUAAAUCUUCAUAAACUCUUAAUUGUAUUCAGGAACCGUUUUUAAGUCUGAGCACCUUGUUGGUCACUAAGAUGGAAAGGAGAUAAACUUGUAUUCUCUUAAUGCUCAGUGAUGGCCAUAAUUUCGCAGGUGCUUAAGUGCCUUUCAAGAUUAUGAUGCACUGUUCAAUAAUACAAUGUUAAGAUUGUAACCUAUCUAGCAUGACACAUUCAUGAGGUUAUAUCAACUUAAUUUUCCUUGUCACAGUUCCGUUUAAGUGCAUUAUCGCACAUCCUGUCUUUUGAGGUUGAGGGACAUUGAAAGUUUACUGAUCUCAUUGGCAUGUUGCAACUGAAGCUAUGUUUUCAGUCCUUAUUUGGAGUAGCACUUUAUCAUUUCACCUUGACCUCUUGUGGAAAACAGCAUAUUUUCCCAACAUCAACUUAGACCAGGGUAUCCUGAAGGCCUAAUGACUGAUGUACUAUUAUGGACAUCCAGACAGGAAAGAUACAUGUUUGAUUCCCAGUUAGUCAUUCCAAAGUUGCUGACGUCUCUGAACUAAAUUGAGCCACUCCAGAAUCCACCUGACCCCUCCCCGUAGCCGACAACACCCGAGCUACCUGAGGAGAGCAUCCCAGCAGUGCAAUAAAUGUGAAAUUCUCAAUGCAGGUUAAAAAAAAAAAAAAUCUGGUACUGACUUUAUCAUCAAGGGCAUUAGUUGGAGUGCUACAAUUUUCCUCAGCAACACCUGAUGGGGAGAGGUGUGUGUACAUCUAAGAAGGACGGAUUAGUGUUGGCUAUAAUGCCUCUUGAAGCUAAAUAGCCUGCUAAUACUCACUGUUAAUACUUUAAUAUGAAUGACCCCUUGGGCAAGUUAUCAAGGGCAACUUCCAUGGAAUCUUAUGUCAGAAAGUGAAAUAGCUUCAGGAAAGCAGUAUGAAAGGAAAACAAAUAAACCCUGAAGACUACCUGCUAUUCUUGUAUGAAUUUAGCUGGUGGCAGUAGUCACUGAUACUGAAAAGCAUGAUGUGAAGGAAAGUAAUGGUAACACAAUUUUGGUACUCGUGCUUAUACACCUAUUUCACAUCUUGAGAUUUGCUCAGCAAAUGCCUUGUGUAAAGCGAUUGAUCUUGCAAUGUUUUAAAUGCUUCUAACGUAUAUUAAACAAAGAAAGGCAUUUGGAAAUAAAACUGAAUGACUAAAGUUGAUUGAUCAAUUUGAGAAUAUCUUUGAAAGGUUGAAAGUUGUUUAAGAAGCAGCUGAAACAUAAUGCAGAAACUUGCUUUUGAAAUACUUGUAUUGAAAGUUGUGAUCAAAUACAUUUUGUAGCUGUUUUGCACAAUGUGGGAGUGGCAACACUGGCUUCACACUGCAAUCAGAUAAAGCUACCAGUGAGUCAGAUUAUGUUUAAAUGACACUGCCUUUUAAUUUUUUAAUAUUAUUUUCUUUUCCUUUUUCUUCUCACCCCCAAAAAAAGUGGCUUCUUACUCCAUUUGCUCUCAGGGCCACUCUUCAGAUGCCAUCUUUCAUCCAGGAAGACUGAAUUAGACUGCGGGCUUCCUCAUGACACUUGGUACUGUCCUGUGCAAUUGACUUUCUCAAUAUAUGAAACAACAUAUAGUGGUGGAAAGAAUUCUAUCUAGAAUUCAUUGAUAGGGUGGAAUUUUGGUAGCUUUAGGAAUUGCUUGCAUUUUGUGACUGAUUUUGAGGCUGGUGCUCUGAAUGUUGGGUUACUCCAAAAUAUCUUGCUGUUUACAAAUUGAUCCCAUUGCCUUUCUUUUCACUCUAUGGUGUAGUGAUUCCCUUGCCAGUAUAAAUGGGCUCCAGUGUGAAAAAACAUCAUUUAAUCUGCAUAACCAAUUUCAAAAGGACUGGAAUACUGAUUUACAUAUAAGGUGUUGCACUGUCAAAGUAUAUGCUUUGUAAAACCUUUUACCCAAAGUCUGGGAAUUCAGUGAAAUUAUUGUAUGCUAAAGUACACUUAUCGCGUGUAUAAGAACACUGCUGGCUUCAGGUCUGUCUGGUUAGGUAUUGUAUGUCAAUCAGAUGUUUUUGUAUAUGGUGCAAUAUAAAGAAUGUUGUAAUCUCACUAGACAAAUUGACAAAUGUUUCCACAAAUUCAGGUUGGGAUUUUUUUGUUUACCUAAUAUAAAAUAGUGAAUUUAAGGAGAGAGAAAGGUUGUAUCAAUACUGUUUAAACUACUGCAGUAUGUCCCAUGUAAAUUGUGCAAUGCACUCUUUACUUGAAAUUUUGUAUUGUUAAUGUCACAGAAAUGGUCUAGAAGUAUAAUUAAUGUACAUAGGACUUUAAUCAGGUCUUAUUGUUCAGCAAAACAAUCAUAACAUUGUUAAUAUGGAAUCUGCAUACUGUACUAAAUGAAUUAAAAUGUAAGAUCAUGCACAAGUU